CACAGAUUUCUUGAAACAGCAUGGGCGGCGGCGGGCUCCGGAUCCUCAAGCACAAGAAGUGGCAUGUGUGGACGCGCGAGAACAUCGAGAAGGUCCGGCGCGACGAGCGGCUGCAUGAAGAGGCCGAGCGCACUGCCUUCCGCGAGAAGCGCAAGCGCGACCUCGACGGCCGCGUCGAGGCGCUCAAGAAGACCAAGCCGACGCCGCCGGCCAUCGACCUCUUCGCGCCUGACGAAAUCGCGCCGCCGCCGCCAGUCGCCAGCAACAAGAAGUACCCAGACGAAGGCAUCGCGCUCGGCGGCGCGCUGAACCCGGCCCACCGCCAUGUAGGCCGGCACAAGCCGCCCUCGCAGCCUUGGUAUCUCCAGCAGAGCCAAGGCGACGACGACGCCGCCGAGGCGCCGCGCGCAGCGUUCGCCGAUCCCAUGGCUGCAAUCGUGGGCCGGCCCAAGACGUUCAUGGCGGCCACCGACGAUACGCGGGAAGCCGACGCGCUCGACUUUGCCGGCGACACGGUCGUCACGACGCGCACCGAGCUCAAGAAGACGAAGAAGAAAGCCAAGAAGGCCAAGUCAUCGUCCUCCAGCCGCUUCGAGCAGCUCCGACGCGAGCGCACCGAACGCGAGGCCGCCGAGCAGCGCCGUCUCGCGACGCUCCUCCGGCGUUAAUGGAC